GCUGGCACGUCACAACUCUCAAACAAUCCUAAAAUUCUCUACCAUUCUUCAACGUGCUCUAAAUCUUUCCUUGAACUCCCCUUUCCCAGUGUCUCACGUCUGCAUUUCUAUUCCCCCAUUUCUCCUAAUUUGUUCCUCAGUACUUGCUACAUUCCCCCAAUUUAUUCUCCAUUUCCCAUAAUCCCUAGUUUCACCACUGCAGACGUACGGUACCCCCAGACUCAAAUCCUAAAACUUAAGUUUAACUUUUUCCAAAAACUUUUUUUUUAUAACAAAACAAAAAUAUAGAUUUUACUUUUGGACAUCUGUGAAACAACUCAGGGAUUUUGUUGUUUGCAAAUAUAUUUUUACCAUUUUCUUUUUAAGGAUUUUUUUUACACUUUUUACUCAAAUCAGGAUUAUAUAUUGGAUGUUCACGGAGUGAAAGUCUUGUGGAUUUUAAGGGGGAGCUUGAUUUUUUGUUUUCAUUUUUUUGGAGGGGGAUAAGAAACUUUGUGUUUGGAGUCUGGAACAGAUGAGGAGUUAAGUAUUGAGAAGAUGACAGUUUUGGGAUUCUCAGAUGGAAUAGCAACAACAAGGAUGGGAUGGCUGUCUGGGUUUGUGCUGUUUGUACUUGGAGUACUGGGAGGCGUCUGUGCGCAGAAUGAAUUCACCUUUACAGAAGACCCCUCCAAUAUCACAUCAUCUAUUGGAAAGGACAUUAUUCUUAGAUGCACUGUUAAGGGAGUUGGAGACACACCUGAUGUGGAGUGGAUGCGAGAUGGAGAACCUUUGGAGGUAGCUGACACCAACCAAAUCCAAGUACCACUGGAUGAUGAACAUUGGACAGCCACAAGUAUGCUGAGCAUCCCUUCUCUGCAGUUGUCAGACGCUGGGCAGUAUCAAUGUUCGCUUGCUAUAGAGGGAGAGAAGAUUUUGUCUCGUGUGGCAUAUUUGGAAUUGGAAGGUCUGCCAUUUUUCAGUGAAGAACCACAAGAUCAUCACACUUACCCGGAUACAGCCUUUAACCUAAGCUGCAAUGCCCAGGGGCCCCCAGACCCAGUGAAUGUUAUAUGGCUGCAGGAUGGCGUACCCCUGAAUACUCUUUAUGACCAUUUGGCAUUAACCCCUUCAGUCCUGGAAAUAAAAGGUCUCAACAAAACGUCACUUUUCUCCUGUGAAGCUCAUAAUGCUAAAGGAGUCACUACAUCUAGAACAGCUACUGUAAAAGUAUUACCCAGGAGUCCAACAGACCUAACACUGGUCUCUAGAGGAACCACUGAGUUGGAGGUGUCAUGGCAGCCUGGACAAAGUGGGGUUCAUCCUCUCACAGUGUGCACUGUUCAGGCUACUCUCCCUUACUUUAUAUCUCUGCACCACAAGAUCUACAAUCAGAACCUGAACGUCCCCCCAUACAACCAUGUGUUAUCUGGUUUGGCUCCUUACACCACCUAUCGUGUGCGUGUGUCCUGCAUGAGCAGUGAAGGGGUCUCCCAUUGGACUGAUUGGGAAAAUAUGGAAACCAUGGAAGGAGUACCAUCUGGACCUCCUGCAAAUGUUACCGCUGUAAUGAAUGGGAGUAUGACAGCUGUCAUAUGGGGAGAACCUCGUACAGACCUGAAUGGAGUACUUAGAGGGUAUAAACUGUCUUACAGGACCAAAGAUCAACCAGAGGUUGUGGUGGAUGCUGGACUUACUAAUGAGGUAACCCUAUCAAUGGAAAAGCAUGUAGAAAAUCUGACUGUGAGGGUAGCAGCUUACACUAAUGCAGGCGAUGGUCCCUGGAGUGAUCCUGUGAUUGCGUCUUUAUUGGGUAAUGAUAUCAUCAUUCCACUUCAGUCACACGCUGUCAAAGAGAACUCAUCCUCCCAAUUCUCCUGGCACUGGUGGUAUGUGGUGCUAGCAGUUGCUAUUGGUUUUUUAUGUGCCAUCUUUGGUGCUAUAUUCCUGGCAAGGCUAAGGAAAAAGGAGACACGCUAUGGCGAGGCAUUUGAACCAACAGUGGAACAGGGUGAGCUUGUGGUACGAUACAGAGUCCGGAAGUCUUACAGUCGUAGAACUACAGAGGCUACAUUGAACCGUCUUGGCAUUAGUGAUGACUUGAAGGAGAAACUUCGAGAUGUUAUGAUAGAUCGGCACAAGCUGGCACUGGGCAAAACCCUGGGUGAAGGUGAGUUUGGUUCAGUUAUGGAAGGUCAACUAAAUCAAGAUGAUUAUAUACUCAGGGUGGCUGUAAAGACCAUGAAAAUCGCUAUUUGCACCCGUACAGAGAUGGAAGACUUUCUGAGUGAAGCUGUGUGCAUGAAAGAAUUUGACCACCCCAAUGUGAUGCGCCUUAUUGGGGUCUGCCUGCAGAACACAGAGAAUGAGGGGUACCCAUCUCCGGUGGUAAUCCUGCCCUUUAUGAAGCAUGGGGAUUUGCACAGCUUUCUCCUCUACUCACGGCUUGGAGAUACUCCCUUGUUCCUUCCCACACAGACGCUGGUAAAAUUCAUGGCAGACAUUGCAAGCGGUAUGGAGUAUUUAAGCAGCAAGAACUUCAUCCACCGAGAUCUGGCAGCUCGCAAUUGCAUGCUAAAUGAGAAUAUGAACGUCUGUGUCGCGGACUUUGGCUUGUCUAAAAAAAUCUACAAUGGAGAUUAUUACCGACAAGGGCGGAUUGCCAAAAUGCCAGUGAAAUGGAUUGCAAUAGAGAGCCUGGCAGAUAGAGUGUAUACCACCAAGAGCGAUGUGUGGUCCUUUGGUGUCACCAUGUGGGAGAUUGCUACACGUGGACAGACUCCUUACCCUGGGGUGGAAAACAGUGAAAUCUAUGACUACCUGAGACAAGGGAACCGACUGAAGCAACCUCCAGACUGUCUGGAUGGACUGUACGAACUCAUGUCCAGCUGUUGGCAUCUAAACUCCAAAGACCGUCCAACAUUUGAGAGUUUGCACUUGGAACUGGAGAAAAUACUGAAGAACCUGCCACCAGCCAAGGAUCCUGAAGAGAUUUUGUAUGUCAACAUGGAAGAUGGCUGUUCCCCUUCUUUAGAUGACGGAGAGUUGGGUGCAGUAGGAGGUCUUGAUGCAAAGGAUGGAGGAGAUGAUAUCUUAUUAAAGGCUGGAUCAGUAACAGCAGAGGUCCACAACUCUGAAAAUUCUAACCGGUAUGUCAUGUGUCCAGCUCAUGAGACCAGUAGACUCAUUGGAGCAACUGCAUUUAUGGAACAUCCUCCAUUCAGCUCUUCCUUGGAUGAUGGGACUUUGGAAGAUAUUAUGAUCUCUCAGAGAUAAUGACAAGUGUGAAACCUGUUCUAAAUUUUGACAAUGCGUUCCGAAGCGCAGUAACUUUGAACUUCUAGUUUUGUCUUUAAAUACUACCUUUGUCAAUGGACUCUCAAACCAUUCCAUUUUGAAGGCAUGUGUAAAGUCAACCGUUGGUCUUCCAUUUUGAUCAUUUUUAUUUACUUGCCUACUAUGUCAAUCUAAAAAAAAAUGAGGAGGCUGAUAAAAUGAUUUUAGAGACUUGUGACCAAUCUUAGAGACUUGUGACAAAUCUACCAAUAACCCUUCAUGAUGUAGCGAAGUAAUGUAUAUUGUGGUACGGAAAUUACUUUUAUAUACUUAGCUAUACUAUGUAGAACAUUCAUAAAUUACAAAUCAGUCCAUAUCCAAGGACUAUGACAUAUGGCACCCUAUGACAUGCUGUCCAUUACAUAUAUGCCAUUGGAUCUAUUAUGUUCAGAAGAUCUAUCUUAUUCAAAUGGUGGAUUCAAAGUCAAACCUAUGCCAGGCCUCAGUUCAGCUAAUGGUACAAAUAGUUCCUAAUGAGAGUGAUAUGUUUUAAUGGCUUGAAGGCAAAAUGACUUAAUACCAUAAUACCUGCUUUAAGGAGAUUUAUACAUUCAACUACCAUUAGAAAAAACUUAAUGGUUAUAAGUUUUGAUUUUUUUUUUUUUUUGUAGUAGAGCACCCUGCUUUAUGUUUGUAUACCAGUAUUAUGUAUUAUCAUUAUGCAUUACAUAACUCAAGUUUGCACUAUGAUGUAUAAAAUUCAUUUUUGCCAUAGCAAUAAUAUAUUGCAUUCCCUUACAUGGGGCAUGCUCUAAAAUGGUACUUUUAUCUUAUCUCCAUAUCACAAGUCACUGUGUGGCUGAAGGAACAAACUCCAUGUACCAUAACUUCUUCCUGUCUGUGUCAUUGUGCCAACCUGUAGAGGGCAGGACAAAGUCCAUGUCCCUUAGUCACCCUACAGGGAAACAGCAUACCCUAUACUCUACUGCUUCCUUCUGUCUGUGCCACCUUGUGAAGAAUGGAACAAAUUCCAUGAGCCAUGGUUACCACUUUUCUGUGCCGCCAUAUAAGAUACAAACAUGUACUAUAGCUGCCUUAAUUAUUUGGGGGAGAAUAACAGAAAGCCAUAUACUUCCAUUAUCUUUUAACAGGGGUCAAACAACCUCAUAAGCCAUGACAUCAAAAGCACAGUUUACAUUCUGAGGGACUCAGCAAGUAACGUUUCCCUUUACCUAAACCAGCUACCAGACACUGCCAUUAUCCUCCAUGUGAAUUUCUACAAAUGUAUUCCCAGACUGGAGCACUUUAAUAACCUUUAUAAAGAAAAUAUAUAAAGUUUCAUAAAACCCUUCUAGAAGACACAUUUCUACUUCUUCUUUUGAAUUGUUAGCUUGCAAAAUAUUUUAAAGGGAUAGAGAGAGGUCAAAAUUGAAACGUUCAUGGUUGCAUUUUAGUUUUAAAAAGAAGCAUUUUUACAAUAUACUUCCAUUAGCAAAAAUGUCUCUAGUAAAAUAAAUUACUACAGUGGCAUACACACAUAUGAUAUGUAUGACUAGAGCUUUAGGAUACAAACACCAUGACUACUCAGAGAGCUAGUGGUGGUAUGUAUUUCAUCAGUGUGGACUUAAUUUGUGUCAUACAAACUGCUGUUGGCACUCUGAAAAGGUGCAGAGUUUACAUGCUGGGGCACAGGGCACUCAAAGUAAUAUAUGAAUGCCACUGAGACAGUAAAAUACUUUUUACUAGAAGCAGUUUGGCUAAUGAAAAUGUAAUGCAAAAAUGCUUCUAUUUAAAAUUGAAAUUCCUUAUUGGAAAUUUCACCUUUGUCUUUGCUAUGUCCGUCAAGAUCAUACCAAAUUAGUAGCAGUUUUCCUUUCAUUUGAUGUGGUCAUUUGUAGCAUGUCCUAUGCCAUUUUGAAAAUUAACACAGGUGACUUCUUAUAGUGGUUGUUAUAACAUACACAAUGCAAUACAAAACCUUUCCACUAAAGGUCACCUACAAGUUAUAUUUUAAGAUGGCCACAAUAAGCCUUUUUUUAAGUAGCACUUUGAUACCCCUUUAGGGGAAAAACAAAAGACCUGCUGACCGUGGGACUCAAUAUAAUGUGGUACCUUUCUACAUAAAAAUGUGUUUUGUCAGAUACUAGAAAUAAUAGUAAACAUCUAUUUUAUACACUACUAGCAACGAGCAGUGCGUGCUGUAUAAUGUAUGGCAAAUGCAUCUAUACACACAUUUUGAACAUGCUGCACUGUAUAAGGAUGCUGAGUAUCUAUUAAAUAAAUUACUGAGAAGAGAUACUGAGUAUCUAUAUAAUGAACAAGCAGUGACCUAUGAUGAUACUGAGUAUUCCCUCAUUUAUAAUAAUAUUGCCAGGACUAUGAUACUGAGUAUCUUUAUACUGUGCCAAUAAGCACAACUGCCCUAAACAUGCAGAAGGUUUUUACAAACAUUUUUAUGUAAUAAUAAUAUAAUCUGAUUCCAAAUUAUAAAUACUAACAUGAUUUUAUCCCUAAAAGAUGUUUUUUUCUUUUAAAGGGAAGAGUUAGGACUAAAGAGACACUUUUUUUAUUAGCUUUAGUAAUAUUAUCAUUUUAAUAGCUUGAAAACUAUACAAUCACUUUCCUUUUAUUGUUUUUUUUACAAAUGUAAAUACAUAUUUUUUGUAUAUGAAAUAUAUAUUUCUUUACACAUUUGCAAAUAGAAAUGCCUAAACUGUCAAAUAAAUGCUUUUUUUAAGUCAAAAUA